CCGGGCCGGGCCGGGCCUCCGCGAGACGGGCCGCAGUCGGGCCGGGCCGGCGGGUGGAGCCGCCCGCCAUGGCCACCAAGGCGCGGGUUUUGUACGAUUUUGCUGCUGAACCUGGAAAUGAUGAAUUGACAGUUAAUGAAGGAGAAAUCAUCACGAUUACAAAUUUGAACAUCGGCGGAGGAUGGCUGGAAGGGAAAAACAGCCAGGGAGAGCGUGGACUGGUGCCCACAGACUACGUGGAGAUUUUGACCAGUGAUGGGAAAGAUUCGUUUUCCUGUGGAAACUCAGUGGCUGACCAAGCCUUCCUGGAUUCCCUCUCAGCCAGCACAGCUCAAGCCAAUGCCUCAGCUGCCGGCAGUAAUCAGGUCAGCAGUGGCAAUGAUAUCUGGUCCUCCUGGGGCAACAAGGCUGGGAACUGGGACAGUGCAGAUGGCUGGGCCACCAAGUCAGAAGCAGCUGCCGGCCAGAGGAGCAGCGUCAACAACUGGGACACCACCUUCGGGCACCCCCAGGCCUACCAGGGACCAGCGACUGGGGAUGACGACGACUGGGAUGAGGACUGGGAUGACCCCAAGUCAUCCUCCGCCUACUUUAAGGACACAGAGUCUGCGGAUGCUGGGGCUGCUCAGCGGGGGAACAGCCGGCCAGGUGGUGCCUCUAUGAAGCUGCCCCUCAACAAAUUCCCUGGAUUUGCAAAGCCGGGCACGGAACAAUAUCUGUUGGCCAAACAACUAGCAAAACCCAAAGAGAAAAUUCCCAUCAUUGUCGGAGAUUACGGCCCCAUGUGGGUCUACCCUACCUCAACAUUUGACUGUGUGGUAGCGGAUCCCAAGAAAGGCUCUAAGAUGUACGGCCUGAAGAGCUACAUCGAGUACCAGCUCACGCCCACUAACACAAACCGACCAGUCAACCACAGGUAUAAGCAUUUCGAUUGGCUGUAUGAACGUCUCCUGGUGAAGUUCGGCUCUGCCAUUCCAAUUCCUUCUCUCCCGGAUAAGCAGGUCACAGGCCGCUUCGAGGAUGAGUUUAUCAAGAUGCGGAUGGAGCGGCUUCAAGCCUGGAUGACCAGAAUGUGCCGCCACCCAGUGAUUUGCGAGUGCGAGGUAUUCCAGCAGUUUCUGAACUUCCGGGACGAAAAGGAGUGGAAAACGGGCAAGAGGAAGGCGGAGAAAGACGAGCUGGUCGGUGUCAUGGUCUUCUCUACCAUGGAGCCAGAGGCGCCUGACUUGGACUUGAUCGAAAUAGAACAAAAGUGUGACGCCGUGGGCAGGUUCACCAAGUCUAUGGACGACGGCGUGAAGGAACUGCUGACUGUGGGCCAGGAGCACUGGAAGCGCUGCACAGGCCCCUUACCCAAGGAGUACCAGAAGAUCGGGAAGGCCCUGCAGAGUUUGGCGGCUGUGUUCAGUUCCAGUGGCUACCAAGGGGAAACAGAACUCAAUGAGGCGCUCACGGAAGCUGGGAAGACCUACGAGGAGAUCGCCAGCCUCGUGGCCGAGCAGCCCAAGAAAGACCUGCAUUUCCUGAUGGAGUGUAACCACGAGUACAAGGGCUUCCUCGGCUGCUUCCCAGACAUCAUCGGCACUCACAAGGGAGCCAUAGAAAAAGUGAAGGAAAGCGAUAAACUGGUGGCGACUAGCAAAAUCACCCCCCAGGACAAGCAGAAUAUGGUGAAACGUUUGGGCACCAUGUCUUACGCCCUGCAAGCCGAGAUGAACCACUUCCACAGCAACCGCAUUUACGACUACAACAGCGUCCUCCGCCUCUACCUGGAGCAGCAGGUGCACUUCUAUGAGACGAUUGCAGAGAAGCUAAGGCAGGCCCUCGGCCGCUUCCCAGUGAUGUGAGCAGGACUGGAGCAGGAGCCAGCCCGGCCCAAGGACUCCCUCAGGCACGGGGCCACUGGACAUGGCCCACGGUCUGUGUGAGGACCAGUGUGGACAGCAGGCCCCGCAGGAUGGCCAGACAGCAGCUGCCUUUGCUUCAGGGGCGCUUCAGCGUGGACUUGGGGCAUCUCCACCAGCCAUUCCCGGCUGUUGUGCGAACCAAUGGAAAUGGUCUAUUUUUGGAACGUACUUCAAGAUACCUGAAUUCUGAGUGGAAAAUAAGGGGCUCCCUUGAUGGAUACUUUACGUAAACUGAUCAUUUCUCUGUUGCCUGCAAUCUCUCAGUUUUUCCUCACAUCAGAUCAUUACUAAUUGCUUUCCUAAAGAUAUGAACUAUGCCAGAAUAAACCGCUGAGUACGUUUGUAUAUUUUUAUAACUCUCUAUGGUCCUUUGGCCUGCCUGCCUGGCACUGACAAAUCUGACAGACAUAAGUGCUUGUGUGGGGAGAGAACCAGGGGAUCCUUGUGUGUUGGGGCCCAGUUGAGACUCCAUGACUAGGCUACUCUGGCCACUGCUCACUGUGCACUGUGGCCUUUGCCCUGGCCUCCAGGCUGCUUUCUGCCUAAGGAAGAGGACAGCAGCCAUGUGGUAAAGCAGAGUGUCCUCUCUUGGGCAUCCGACUCCCCAGCAUCUCACCCAUUUCCUGGUCUCUGGCGUCAACACUCGGACCCAGGAAGUGUGGUGAGGCCAUGGUGCGAGUGUCCCAGGUCUGCAGGGUGCCAGUCAGCCCCGACCAGCGAGUGGGGCUGCCUCCUCUUCUCCACCCAGUAGGGAAGCCAGAGACAGACGGGCAGGACCUGGCUGUUCUUGAAGAAUGAGUCCAGCAGGGAGUGCCUCAGUGAACAUUUCAUUGAGAGUGUCUCUAGUACCUCAUUGAGUGCUUCAGUGAGUGCCUCAGUAGUAUCUGAGUAUUUCAGCGAAUGCCUCAAUGAGUACUUAAGCAAGUGCCUCAGUGAGUACUUUUUGAGUGCCUCCAUGAGUGCUUUAGUGGACUCUUCAGUACUUACUUCAAUGAGUGCCUCAGCAAGUCCUUCCGCAAGAGUCACAAAGCAAAAGUAAGUCCUGAAUGCCACUUUGCACUGGCUCCCUCCCACUCCACAGCGGCCUUACUCCUCUCACUUGUUUGCCACCGAAGAACUCCAUUCUAGAAAAUGAAUGGAAGUUUGGGCCAGCACCAAUAAAGUGAAACCAAAAACAAAAAAACAAAAAACAACAA